AUGAAGCGAAACUAUGAACCCAUCCCUUUAUCCACUCUACACGCCCCCGUAUCUCCGCCCAGAAAACGUCCAAAACCAUACCCACCAGAACCUAGCACAUCCCGUCUCGCCGCCAUCGAGGCCGGCGAUGUCCGAGUCCCCAACCACCUAUCCAUCUGCUCCGCGCAACUGAGUGCAGCAAGUCGUCCUACAGAACCACAGGUCCCGCGUCUACAAAUCCCAGACUGGGUGGAUCUGUAUCUGCGUAAUCAACAUCCCCAGGGUCGACAUUUCGUCAUCCAUCAACAUGAUCAUCCCAUCGCCGGUCCGCAUUAUGAUCUCCGGCUGCAGUUUUCGGCCUCCAGCUCCGUGAGCUGGUCCAUUAUGUACGGUCUCCCGGGUAAUCCGAAUAGUCGUCGCGUGAAUCGGAAUGCGAUCGAAACGAGGGUCCAUUGUCUAUGGAAUCAUCUCAUUGAAACUGCCUCGUCCAGAACAGGCAGUAUGAUCAUCUGGGAUACAGGAGAGUAUGAGAUCCUACCGUAUCAAAUCGAGUCGUCGGUGCAGGAAACAGAUGACUCCCAAUCGGAAGUCUCUGACGUUCCUCCUUCUCCCUCUGCGGAGUGUGCAAUGAGUGAGAGUGAGAAGCUUCGAUUGGCUUUUCGAAACCGCAAGAUCCGUCUCCGAUUACACGGCACCCGUCUUCCAUCCAAUUACACCAUCAUCCUGCGUUUAGACAGGACUACGGAUGUGCGGAAAUCAAUAUCUCGACCGCAACGUCGAUCCACUAGACGAGUCGCCCGGACCCGGGCCCAGCAACACAGUACCUCAUCAUCAGGGUCGUCGACCCAACUCUCAUCUGAUGAAGAAAAGAACCCAUUGGACGCUGCUCAGACCCGGGAUUCGGAGGCUGAGGCGGAGGCUGAUGAUAUCGAUCACCGAAUACGCACCGACAAUGCGUACCCGGGGUCUACAAACUCUAUCGGCUCGAUUCAUCAACGGCGGUGGUUCCUCACGCUGGACCGGGACAACUCCGGGUUCACGCAUGAGCCGGGCCCUGGCCCGGCGGGGAAAUGGUGGGUGCGAAAACAGGAUCCCGAUCCUGAUCCUAGAACGGGGCGCUGUCUGGGGUUUGAUCCAUUUUAUGUCCAUGGACCUGAACGGGAGAGGAGCAUCGUCACGGGGCGUUUGGGGUGUGAUGUACUACGCGAUGAAGGGGUAGAGGGGUUCGUGGCGAGACGGGGGUGGAGGCCAGUAUUAGAUUAA